AUGAAUGCCUGGAGAACACGGCGGGCAGAAACUGCCUGGAGUUACCAGCAUCGCCUCGAUUGGAGUCAGCUGGUAUGGAGGACCCAUCGUGUCGCGAGCAGGCAAAAAGGCGCUAAGGUGCCUACAGAAAGCCCCAUCGCAUUUGGUGUCUUUACCAAGACACUUCUCGCGAAUGUAGCCCAGGCUGCAAAAAGCCGCUUCCCGCUCCUAUUCUGCAACAGCGCCCUGCUCGGCCAAUUCCGCUGCCUCUCACGAGGCUUCGCAGGCGGUGACGGUCAUGUGACCUCCGAUUUUCGAGGUUCAAAGGUGGUCCUUCUGACAAUUCUCGGUUUUCAGGCAACAAAAACAACAAAAUUCCACUUUCGGCCCGCGGACUUCCCCCUUCUUUCAUAG